ACGAUUUUUAAACCACCAACACCAACACAGACUAUAAUCACAGAAUAUAAUAAUAUUAGUCUAGUUUUUUUUUGCUGGCAACACCUUCUUUUUCCGGCUAUCUGUGUGAUAGAAAGCCCUCAACAUGAAGCAGAUUGUUGCUAACCAAAAGGUGAAGAUCCCUGAGGGACUCACAGUUCAUGUGAAAUCGCGGUUAAUUACCGUCAAAGGACCCCGAGGAGUUUUGAAGAGGAACUUCAAACACUUGGCAGUUGACAUUCGCAUGGUCAACCCGAGGCUGCUGAAGGUGGAGAAAUGGUUCGGAUCCAAGAAGGAGCUCGCGGCCGUCAGGACAGUCUGCUCUCACGUUGAGAACAUGAUCAAAGGUGUCACCAAGGGUUUCCAAUACAAAAUGCGUGCUGUAUACGCCCAUUUCCCCAUCAACUGUGUCACCACCGAGAGCAACAGCAUCAUUGAGAUCCGUAACUUCUUGGGUGAGAAAUACAUCCGAAGGGUAAAGAUGGCACCCGGUGUGACCGUCAUCAACUCGCCCAAGCAGAAGGACGAGCUGGUCAUUGAAGGCAACUCCCUAGAAGAUGUCUCACGGUCCGCUGCUCUCAUCCAACAGUCCACAACUGUCAAAAACAAGGAUAUCAGAAAGUUCUUGGAUGGUCUCUACGUGUCCGAGAAGACUACUGUUGUACUUGACGAGUUGUAAGAAUUUAAUAUAACAUCUUGAAAAACUCA